AAACCCCAAUAAACCAUGGUACAAGUUAGGAUAUUUUCAAUAUUUUAAAAGUCAGUGACUUAAAGACUAUUUAUAACCGAGGGAAUUCGAGAUAUACACAAUUACCAAAUUUAGAAUCAGGGCUGUGGCUGAUUCUAAAUAUAACCUCAACGCGUAUCUGAAACAGAUUCAGUUUUGUACGAAAUCGCUGAAGCGCUGUUCCGAUUCCCAUAAUUGAUUUUGAUUAAGUUUUGUAAUUGCAAAGCAUCAAAAUAUAAAAAGUGCAGUUGUUAGAGUUUUGUGUGUCUCGUGUAGUUUUGCUAUGGCCGGGGAGAUAUCUGACGCCGUUAAAAAAAUAGUGGCGAUAUUGAAAAAUGCCACUAGCGAUACUGAAAAAUUUGCUGCUCUUUUCAUGGUAACGAAGCUGUUGAAAGGUAAAGACCAUAAUAAGCCUGCUUGCAAGAAAGCCAUAUUCGAGGCAAUUGGUUUUGAUUUCUUGAAACGGCUCCUUUUAACUUCGGAUGUUCCUGUUGAUUGCCCGCCAUCUAUUUACAAGUCUGUAGCAUUGUCUAUAUUAACAUGCUUCUGUAAUGAAGCUGAGUUAGCAACUCACCCAGAAAUGCUGGCCAACAUACCUGUUUUCUUGGAUAUUGUACAACAGGCAGAUGCAAGUGAUUAUGAUGAUAACCUUAUAAUAGUAGGAGAGGCCUAUAAUUGUUUAAAGUCAAUUGCUUCGUUUGAACCAGGACAGAAAGCCUUGGUUGAUGUGGGAGCUAUUUCAAAAAUGGCAGAAAUUUACUCUCAACAGAGCUUUCAAACUGAUGAAGCUUUGAACAUUUUGGUGGUCCUUGUUAGUAAGUUUGGACCAGAAUCAUGGGAUAACAAGAACCAUAAGGCUUUCCAUAACAUUAUAAAUAAAAUUGCUCUCGAUUUUGAGACAGAUCAUGAUGAGCGGAAAUUUCAGUUAUGCACAUAUCUUAAUGCUUUGUUAUUUAAUGCACCUAAAAAUUCAGUAAACAAGAACACUCCUUGUGAAGAGACCUGGCCCCAUAGUGUGUAUAAGGGCCUAUGUGAUAUACUAAUGAGUAAAAUAGGCAAGGACCAAAGGAAUCCUGCUCUGAUAUUAGCUUCAACUUGUUUGAACCUUUUAGGAGUAGAAUGGGUAUUGAAUGAUGAGGAGAAAGGAAAACAGCUUUUUCUGUUGCUUAUUCAACUUGCAGCCAUCGAAGUUCGAAUGCAACUUGAUGGGAAGAGCUUAAAACAGGCCCAGUCUCAAGCUGCACUUAUUACAGCUUGCUACAUAAUUUUAGAAUUAUCAAUUAAUUAUAUUGCAACUGAUGUAUUAGAUUUGGAUCAGAAAGAGAAGCAAACAUUGUACACUGGUUUGAAAGGUGCAUUUUCAGCUGUAAUUGGUUUACUAACAAAAGUAUCAAAUGAUAAAAGUAAAGAUAAUUUACCUGUUGAGGACAAAGUAUUUGUAUGUGCUUCAGUUCGUGUUCUCGUUGCUUGGUUGGCCCAGGAAACUUCAGCAAUGCGACCACAAGUCUACCAACUUUUGCCAUUUAUUCUGAGCUUGGCAAAUGAAACGUUUCAAGCUUCGAAGGCUAGAAGGAUUGCCGAAAAGAUGGGCAUUCCCUUGGAAAAGGACUUUGGACCUUUGUCCCAAAUGGAUGUUUUGAGAAUACUGCUACCUGCAUUAUGUCAUUUGACCGUGGAAGAUGAUGCUAGGAAAAUAAUGUUGAAAGUUAAAGAAGAGGAAACUCUGUUUGAUUGCUUUGAAUUCCAUUGGAUGAUUGUCCAUAGGAAGAGGCCACCUGUUCCAAGAUCAGAAAGAUUGAAGGUACUCAACCAACCGCUUCCAGAAUUGACACCAGAAGUUUUGGAAGAAAUGAAAGAUUCAAGGGCUGCAAUGGUCAGUAUUUGCAACAUUUUUAUGAACAUCACUGUAUUAGAAGCAAAAUUGGUGGAAGAGAGCGCCUUAUUCAAUAAACUCUUGAGGUUUAUUUUUGAAAAUUUACCUGAGUUGAAGAGCAUUCCCGAAAAUUUAGUUUUGCACGGACAUCUUGCUAUUUUAGGACUACUAUUACUAAAGCAACAAUCCAAAAUGGUAAAAAAGAACGAUUUUUCAAUUUGUCGUUACAUUCAGGCAACGAUACGCUUUCUCUGGGACGCCUACGUUGUCGAUGAAGCAAACGACCCAACUGCUUUGGUGGUUUCUAUAACGUAUAAAGAAUUUUGGAUGGAAAUAAUGGAAUUGUGGUUUCUGGGAAUGCAAACAAUGUCUGCUGUACUCGCUCAAAUACCAUGGAUUUCCGAAUUUGCGAUUGAAAGUGGAUGGGCUGAAGACAUUGUAAAUACUUUAAAGAAAGUCAAAAUUGGUACUCUACCUCCUAACGUCAAGUCAGCUUAUGAGGAUUUCUUGUGCCAUUUGGUUGAUGCUAAUGAAAAUGUUAUGGAAGUUCUCAAAAAAGCUGACGCCCUUAAAAUGUGCAGAAACCAUAGGUUUAUGGAAUUAGGAAAGAAAUUAUUUGGAGAUUAAUGAUUUCAUAUAUGCUUAAAGAACGGUUUGGUUUGCCUAAGUACCUUUUUAUUUGAAGAAUUGUAAACGAGAAUGGCAACUGAUAAGCGUAUUUUUUAAUAUUUUUUUGUUAGCUUUAUUUGAACUGUUAAAUGUAAGAUGUAAUAACUAGUACCUUCAGUAGAAGACUACUAUUGUUAUGUGUAUAUAAAAGGUGUUUUACGUACUUUCGGAAAUAAUCAGUUACCUCGUCUAAUAUAACUUUUUUAUUAUUUCAUUAAAAAGUUUUGGUAUUUUUUUAAGUUACACCUUGCAAUAGGGGUAUAUAAGGUAGAUACCCUGCAUUUCGUGUAGGACAUUCUCAAGAAUUAUGUAAAUAUUGUGAUAUACCACAGCAGAAUGGAAUACAAACUAUUUAAUAAUAAUGCUAUUACUUUUAAAUUUAUUUUAAAAUUUGUUUGCAACUGAAUUAAAAAAAUUAAAGGUAUUUUGCAUUUAUUUGAAUAAAUACAUUUAAAUAAAGAUACCUCGUAUUUUCAUGAGUAUUCUAUUUAAACAUUUUAUGUCUGAGAUAAAUUUUGUUGUAGUAAAUAUUUUGUUUAAAUAGACAUUGUUUGCCAAUACAUUCACAUAAGGACGCUCUAUUUAUUUGUAUUUUUGUAAGUGACACUUUUAUAUGAAUAAAAGUUUGCAUCAGAUGCUA